AUGCAAGAUGGGGGUAGUGAACUGUUGCAAUCUCCUAAUCAUCCGGGCAAUUACUACAACAAUCUCAACGUAAGAUGGUUUGUUAGUGCUCCUCCUGCGUAUCGAUUAAGACUUCAAUUCAUCUCCUUCUCAAUCUCUUGGGGCGACAAUGUAAUAGUGAGCGAUGGAUGGACAUCGGACUUUUCAAGCUCAACUGAAUUGGAGAAUCUAUCAGGUACAUCAUUACCUGUUGAUAUCAUAACGAAUGGAUCCUAUCUGUGGCUUCAAUUCACCACAAAUACUCGGCAAUCGACAUCUACAGGAUUCAUGGCCAACCUGACAGCUGAGAUGAGAUCUAUCCAUAUGCAAGAUGGGGGUUGUGAACUGUUGCAAUCUCCUAAUCAUCCGGGCAAUUACUACAACAAUCUCAAUGUAAGAUGGUUUGUAAGUGCUCCUCCUGCGUAUCGAUUAAGACUUCGAUUCAUCUCCUUCUCAAUCUCUUGGGGUGACUAUGUAAGAGUGAGUGAUGGAUGGACAUCGAACUUUUCAAGCUCAAGUCAAUUGGAGAGUCUAUCUGGUAGUUCAUUACCUGCUGAUAUCAUAUCGAAUGGAUCCUAUCUGUGGCUUCAAUUCACCACAAUAACUCAGCAAUGGACAUCUACAGGAUUCAUGGCCAACUUGACAGCUGAGAUGAGAUAUUUAUGA